GCCGCCGCCUUGGCUAGCCCUGGACUCUGUGCUCCAGACACUUUGGCAAAGCAUUGAAGGCCCUUUAGAAAGCGCCAAGUGCCCUUUUGGCCCAAGGGCUGAGUGAGGGCCCUGGGCAAAGACUCCUCCCUUUGGGUGCUGUGAGCCGCCUUUGGCCAAGGGCCUAUUAUUGGGAGAGAAGCCGAGGCUCCUGGGACCGGAGGGCCCCCUUUCUGGGCCAGGCAGGGGUCCGGAGGAGCCCCGAGGGGAACCAAUCAGGCCGGCUCCCUUCUUGUGCCCUGCUCCGGGGAGAGAUGCCCGGGUCUGCGGAGGAAGAAGAGCAGUUCCUGGGCUUCAGCCACCCUUUCCUGGCCCCAAACGACCGCCCCUACUGCCGCCGCCGCGGAACUGGAGGCUGGGAAAGGCCGGGCGUUGGCUCGAGAGAGAAAGGUCCCGUCGUCGUCAGGCUCCUUGGCGGGGCUCCAAAUGGAGGACCCCGGGCAGAAGGCGGGCCUGGAGGACGGGUCCGGGAAAAGGAGGACGCCGGGCCCAGCAGCCCAGCCUUUCUCUCCCUGCUGCUGCUGCUGCCGCUGCCGCUGCCGCUCUUGCCUCGGCCUUUGCUUUCGCUUGGGGCCCCGAAGCCCAGGAGGAGGAAGGGGCUCCGGAGGGAGCAGCCAUGGAGCCCGGGAGGAGGAAGGAGAAGGGGCCUCCCCGGGCAGAGGAGUCCUGGUCUGGCUACUACUGCCUCAAGUUCGCCCUCUCGGCCUACGCCACGCUCUUCGCCAUCAUAGGCCUUGUGAUCUUGUGCGUCGGCAUUUACGCUGAAGUGGAAAGGCAGAAGCACCGGACCCUGGAAGGGCUCUUCCUCGCCCCAGCCAUCCUCCUCCUCCUCCUGGGCAUCACCAUGUUCGCUGUGUCCUUCAUUGGGAUGGUGGGCUCCCUCCGAGACAACCGGACGAUGCUCAAAACCUUCUUCUGUGUUCUUUUGGCGAUCUUCAUCAUUGAAUUGCUGCUGCUGUUUAUUGAAAUCAUCUUCGAAAGACAGAUGAAUGCGGUCUUCCAUGCCAGCCUUCAGGAUGGGAUAAAACACUACUACGAUGACUUGGAUUUCAAAAACAUUCUGGACUUUGUCCAACAAAAGUUUUCCUGCUGCGGAGGGGACGAAUUCAAAGACUGGCACGUGAACCCCUACCAUUCCUGCAAUGGCACCGGACCCCUGGCUUGUGGGGUGCCCUACACAUGCUGCAUCCGGCAGGCUCCGGGAAAAGUCAUUAACACACUCUGCGGAUACCGGACACUAAAUAAAGAGCGGUUGGAGCUGGUGGACACGAUCCACGUCCGUGGCUGCAUCCAUGCGGUCGGCUUGUGGAUGAAGGACAACUUCGAAGCCACUUUGGGAAUUGUCUGCUCCUUGCUGCUCCCUCAGGCUGUCGGCUUGGUGAUGGCUUGGCUCUACUGGCAGAAGCUGGACGACAUCCAUGACAGCCUGGACACUGUGGAUUUCAAGCGGCUGGACAUGAGCGACUUUGACUUUGACUCGCUGGACCUCACAGGGGCCGGCUGGUGCUGGUGCUUGCCCAGGGAAGGCGGCUACCUGCCGGUCCACAGCAAAGAGGACGAUGGGGCUGGGGAGGAUGUGGUGGACAAUGCCAUUGGCCAGAGCAAAGUAUGACCCCUUUGGGCCGUCUGGAGCAUUGACCACCAAGAGACUGACUGGGCAAAGGCUUGGAGGAGCCACAGGCAAGGGACGGAGAGCAGUGAGCUGGGUGCGCUCUCUGCUUUUGGUGUUUUAGUGGAGCAAGAAGUAGGCAUUGCAGGGUGUGCUGGUCUUUGGAAGAGAGAUUGUGUGUGUGCACACAUAGAGGGUUGUGUGUCUGUGCUGUUCGUAACUGAGGCUGCAUAGGAUGCGUUUUUACUGAUUAUGAGGCUUCCAUAGAUUUUGGUUUUUUGGUAUGUCUCAGUUUAAAAUAAAACAUAGUCUUGUU